AUGGGGCACUGUUCGGCAUCAAACGAAUAUACAAGAAGGUAUGAUGAGACCAUCAAGGACAUUCCACGGAAAUUCAAGUAUGUAGACGACACACUUCUGUGUGCCACAAGUGUGGAAGAAGUAUUUUGGCAUGCAUACACCUUCCUAGAAACAUGUUCUCGCGCUGGAAUCACCCUGAAGCCAAAAAAAAUUGCUUUCUGUAAGAGAGAGAUUGACUUCGUUGGCUUCUUCCUAGACUGGGAUAGUUACCAGCCGGCGGUUGAGCGUCUGUCUGCCAUCAGAGCCUUAUCGAUGCCGGACCGACCCAGCAUCAAGGACAUCAGGUCAUGGUUUGGGCUUGUCAACCAACUCGCCCCCUUUCUAGCCACCGCACCACUGAUGGAGCCCUUCAGAAAUCUACUUAAAAAAAAACAGCUGGCAGGACUGUGUAUUGGAAUGAUUAGCCGCAAGGAAAGUUCCAUCAAACGCAGGAGGUUAUUUGAAAGUUAUCCAGAGAUGGCCUUGUAUACUAUGGUAAGUGUAGGCCAACAGUUGUGGUAA